CGCUCCUUUCAACAAUUAACAGUCAACUGCGUUUGUAAUUUCGAUAAUAAUAAUUUAUUUUCUUGUAAAAUAUCUUCUUGCAUUUUUUGUCAUCUCUGUUCAUCAUCGUUCUCUACGUAUUAAUCAAUCAAUUAAACUCGAGAAGACGAACUCUGCACAGACACAGAGAUCAAAAUAUGGCGUUACUUCUCUUCACUUCAACGUCCACUUUGGCACCAGCAGCAGCAGCAGCAGUAGCAUCUGUAAACCCAAGCCCCCAUAACUCUCUAUUGCCCAAAUUCGCUGCUUCUCAUUCUCCCACUAAUAGCAUUAAUCGUUCUCCACUCAAAGCUGUUAAAAUAGUUUUAGCAACCAACUUCAGCAGUAAUCGAGGAAGAGCAAGAAGAAGUCCUUGUCCUCCACUCUGUGUUGCUGCUCCGCCAACAUCUCCAGUCACAGAAGGCGAAGAGGAGGAGGUGGUGGAGUGGGAGGAGCAGGAAGAGAGCAUGUCCUCCAAGUUCUCAUGGAGGGACAACUGGUACCCUGUCUCUCUCAUCGAAGACCUCGACCCUCGAUUACCAACUCCGUUCCAACUCCUCAGCCGAGAGAUCGUUCUCUGGAAAGACAGAGCCACCGGCGAGUGGAUUGCCUUCGACGACAAAUGCCCUCACCGACUCGCUCCCCUCUCUGAAGGACGGAUCGAUGAAGAUGGUAAUUUGCAGUGUUCAUACCACGGAUGGUCUUUUGAUCGCUGUGGAUCUUGUACUCGGAUCCCUCAGGCUUUACCAGAGGGUCCUGAGGCGCGUGCUGUUCUGUCUCCCAGAGCGUGUUCUACCAGACUCCCCACCCUUGUUUCUCAGGGUCUGCUCUUUGUUUGGCCGGACGAGAAUGGAUGGGAGAGAGCUGCUGCUACCAAGCCCCCAAUGCUGCCAGAUGACUUUGAUGAUCCUUCAUUUUCGACUGUGACGAUACAAAGAGACCUGUUCUAUGGCUAUGAUACCCUUAUGGAGAAUGUCUCUGAUCCUUCCCACAUUGAUUUUGCUCAUCACAAGGUUACAGGGAGGAGGGACAGAGCCAAGCCUUUGACAUUUAAGUUGGAGUCUAGUGGUGUUUGGGGCUUUGGUGGAUCAAACGAUGGGAACCCACGGAUCACUGCUAAAUUUGUUGCACCUUGUUAUGCUAUGAACAAGAUAGAGAUAGACACAAAACUCCCAAUAUUUGGUGAUCAGAAAUGGAAAAUAUGGAUAUGCUCAUUCAAUAUACCGAUGGCACCUGGGAAGACUCGUUCAAUUGUUUGUAGUGCCCGAAACUUCUUCCAGUUCACAAUGCCAGGGCCAGCCUGGUGGCAGGUGGUCCCUAGAUGGUAUGAGCACUGGACAUCAAACAAGGUAUAUGAUGGUGAUAUGAUCGUACUUCAGGGACAAGAGAAGAUUUUUCUCUCAAAAUCCAUAGAGGAUUCUUUGGAUGUCAAUAAGCAAUAUGGAAAACUUACAUUCACACCCACACAAGCAGAUCGUUUUGUUUUGGCAUUUCGGAAUUGGUUGAGGAAACAUGGCAAUAGUGAACCUGAGUGGUUUGGCCCCAGCAACCAACAACCCUUACCAUCCACCAUCUUAUCCAAACGUCAGAUGUUGGAUAGGUUUGAGCAACACACUCUUAAGUGCUCAUCAUGUAAAGGUGCAUAUGCUGCACUCCAGAUAUUACAGAAACUGCUGAUUGGUGUCUCUGUCAUUUGCUGUGCUACAGCAGGAAUCCCUUCAGAGAUGCAGUUACGUAUUGUUUUAGGCGGGCUUGCAAUUCUGAGUGCUGGUUUAGCUUAUGCUCUGUUUGAGCUCCAGAAAAAUUUCGUAUUUGUUGAUUAUGUUCAUGCAGACAUUGAUUAACUUCUGAAACAUCCAACAAAAGAUUAUAAAAAACAAGGAAAAGAAGACCUCAGAAGGCAUCAACACCCGCUGUACUCAAUACUUGAAUACUUGACAUGUAUUUGUAGUUUUCCUUCAGGCCAGAACUAGGGUUUGUAUACAGGAAAUUGGAUAGAGCUUUAUUGAUUUUCUUGUAUUUGGAUGGGUUUAUUAUUAUUAUUUUUAGGGGUAACAAAAGAAUAAAGAGAACAGGGUUAGGCUUGUGUUUUGUUUUA